AUGCGUGCCAAAGAGAAGGUACCAUAUCAUUAUUAUAGUGAGGAGACAACACAGGCCAAAGCCAUAUCGAAUCGAGAUGUUUCCAGCCUUUCAUCUACUCCAUCCAAACAAGACGUCCCGGCUCUUCAUGGACGUUUAUCACCAUAUCCCGCGUUUAGUUCCAUCCCCGUCCCUUUUGUCCUUGUACGCCCGUCCUCCUUCUCGUCAUUCUCUUGCCCGGCCGACCGUCCAACCCUUUCCGCAUACCCAGUCGACCCAAAACUCGAAUUAUAUGCCAUGCUCGAGUUUCCGGGUCGAUUCUUGGGCGUAACGGCCGAUCGAGCACCCGCGAUUCCACGUCAACGCCAAACGGAUACAGGACGAGAUGACCCUGAUG